AUGGCUUUCGCUACAACAUCUGCGCUAGACGCUCUGGGAUUUUGCGCUCUGACAGGCGCCGUCGGCUGUUUGCUCUUGCUCUUGCACGCGUUUGCACCUGCGUCCGCAUGGGCGCGCAAGUCGCGGGAUGUCGUAUACUUCAAGAUCUUUCGCACAUCAGCCAUCGUGUUGAACACCUUCGAGACCGCUAGGGACCUUCUGGACAAACGGAGUGCGAUAUACUCCGACCGACCGCGACUAGUCCUGUUGAUGGAGCUACUUGGCGUGCGCACCCUGCCUGGAAUUCCGUACGGGGAAAGGUUCCGCAAGCGCCGAAAGUGGAUGUUCGACGCCGCGGGUUAUAAGCCAACGCUCCGCGGGUACCACGACAUCCAGCGCAGGGAAGUGCGCAGGCUUUUGCUGAAAUUCGCUCGGCGGCCGGAGGACUUCAAGGAGCAUGUACAUCUCUACCUAGCAGGAGUACUGUUGGAGAUCACAUUCGGCCGGUCUGUGGAGACUGUCGACGACGAGCUCGUGUAUCUGGCCGAGCGGGCGAUGAGUGGGGCAAACCACGCAGGCAGACCCGGGUCCGUUCCCGUCGACUUCAUCCCGAUACUGAAACACAUACCGAGUUGGCUCCCCGGCUUCAGCUUCAAGCGGAAUGCCGCUGUCGUGCGCAGACAUGUUGAAGAAUACCUGGAUGCGGGCUACAAUGCCGUGACUUCGGCCAUCGCGGCCGGAGAUGGAGCUCCGUGCAUAUUUCGCUCGGUUUUGGCCGAAUACGGCGGCAAGCCGACGCCAGCUGAGGCCGACGAGAUCAAGGGCCUCGCCGUCGAUGUGUACGGGGCCGUCCCUCAUCGUGUCAUGAAGGAUGACCACUAUCAAGAGUACGAUAUCCCCGCAGGCUGCAUGAUAAUCCCGAACAUAUGGGCGAUGUCACGCGACACAAGAUACUUUCCAGAGCCGGAAGAGUUCCGCCCGGAGCGCCAUCUCGGCUUAGAUGCAAAGGAGGGAAACUACGUGCUCCCCAGUAGCUUUGUGUUCGGAUUCGGACGCAGGUCUUGUCCAGGACAAGCUCUUGCAGACGCCAGUAUAUGGCUCGCGAUCGCGAGCAUUAUCGCGCUGUUUGACAUCUUGACGCCCGUCGACAAAAGAGGGAAGGAGUACACGCCUCCUGCAAAGUUCACGUCGGCUUUCUCGAGGAUCGUCCCGCGAUGCGACAGCGCAGUUAGCAUGCUGGAUCAACUGGAUGCGGGAUUCAUUGACGCCGCUUGA